ACAGGAAUUGUAAGAUGUGAAGACAAGUUGACAACUGCGAUGAUUCUAUGGCCUGUUUAUUACUUUGUUACUAUUUGGAGUUUAUUUGAUGUAAGUUUAAUUUUAAAAACAGUUUCAGUGAUUAAUCAAAUCAACUACCUCAAAUACGUCUAGGAAAAAGUAAAGAAUGUCCUACUUAAAGACAUAAAUAUCACAUAUGAUAACAUUAUAUAUUAUUGGCCUGUGUGUGUGGAACAGAAACGAAAUCGUGUAAUGUAGUAUACGAUUGGAUAUUUGAAAGUUAAAUAUACUUAAAUCAGCCAAUUGGAUUAUUUAAUUCCGUGAAUGUACAAAAACAGUAGGAAUAAGAUUUAAACUGAUUCGGAUGAUGUGAUUUAUCAAUGAUGGUCUAUGAGAAAUAUUCAAUAAGUUUAUCUGUUACACUAAAGGUCAGAUUUUAGUAUUUUACAUUUUAUUGUUGGCUUUGUACAACAUUGACAAUGUUUUGACGUCAGAUCAUGGAGGUUUGCUUGAUUGUUCAAACAACUGAAGAAGAAUUUUCACUUGUCUUUAUGAACUUCAUUCUGGCAGAAGAGAAGUAAAUAUCUUAAUGAAUUUUUAUCAAUGGGUUAAAACCACCUGGAAUGCAGGAGAAUACAUUAAUUAAAAAUUUAUUUAACAAAUUAUAAAAUGAAAACAACAUAUGAGUCGAUACAUCUUUAACAUUUUUGCCUUCAGCUCUUGUCUUUAAAUAACUUCUCACAUUAUCAUUUUUAUAAAUUAAAAAAGAGAUUAGACUUCAUGUUUGAGAUUCAGAAAAGAUGGAUACCAUUGGUAGCUGUAACAAAAUUUCUUCCAUACCAUCAAAAACUUAUAGUCGAAAGAGAAAUACAGAAAAUAAAACAGCUGCUGAAAAUUCAUUAAAACAGUUUAAUGAAAUACUAGUGCUUGACAAAAAUCAAGAAGCUAGUAGUGUAAAAAAAGAAAAUGAAACACAUGCCAAACCAAAUGAUUUGCCAGGAAAUUCUAACUCAAAAAAUAAUGCAAGUGAUUUUUAUACAUUCAACUGUGAAAAAACUGAAAAUGCUCUUAAAAGAGAUACUAGUACAAAACCAGUAGGAAAGAAUUCAAGUGAAAAAAGACUUUUAAUAUAUAGUCCGAGGAAUACUGAAAGAAAAGAAGUAACACACAAUUCUCCAAGUGAUAGUAAUAAAAAACUUCCACCAUUCAGUUCUGUAAAAGAUUAUUCACAAAAAUCUAUAAAUAAAAAACCAACAAACUCUGCAAAAGAUGGUAAAAAACAGGACUAUAAAUGUUCUUCCAAAGCCAUUCUUCUGUCCAGUGUGAUCACUCUAUCUCGUGAUUGGUCUGCAUCUCGAAAAACUUACGCCAGACAUACUUCUCCUCCAGUUCGGGUACAAUCAAGAAAUAACUAUGAUUCUUUUAUAAAUAAGGAUCAGGAAAAAGACAAUAAAGAUAAAUAUGACAGUAGUGAGAGAGAUAAUGAAAAGGUUUUAAAUAAUUCAUCAUAUGUAAAUAAUUCAUUUGAAAAAAGUGCUUCAGAAAAGAAUUUUGAUAAUGAGCUAUCUAACAUUGAGAAUAACAAAACUGUACAUCAAACAUCAGAUAAAUUAAAUGAUGAAAAAACUCCUGAUAAUACUUCUGACUCUUUUUGUUCAUUUUUUAAAAAUGACUCAGUGUUACAAUCACCAGAGAAUUCUCAUAGUUUAAAGCAAAAUUGUAAGAAAUCUCAAAAAUCUGUAUCUUUUGCAGAAGAUGGGUGUAUUGAUUUACCACAAAGUAGUUUAAAAGAUAGAAAUGUUAACAUUGAGAAUCCUUAUAAUUUAAUUUUGUGUGAAGAUAAUGAUAAUUAUGUAAAUAAUAUUUCUGAUAUAUCUGAACAAUUAAAUGAUAAAAAUCAAAAUGAGGAUAAUGAAGAAAAAGAAAGAAGCUGUAGGGAUAUAACAUCAUCAAACGAUAGCCAUGGAAAUUCAGUUGCUACAACACUUCAAACAAAAAUGUCUGAUAAACCCAAAGGCAAAAGAGGUAGACCAAGAAAAAUUAAAGAAGCUACAGAAAAGCCUGAAGCUAAAACUGGAACGCCAGAAAUUUCAUCUGCAGAUGAUCAAAAUUCAUCAACUCCAAAACCUGUUCGCAAAAGAGGAAGGCCAAGAAAAAUUUUAGAUGAUAAGUCACAAGAUCAAAGUCACAAUAUUAGGAAUAGUUUUUCAGAAAAUUGCAUCGCUCAAUCUCCAGAGAAAAAUAUUACAACUCAACAAACCACAGAAACCUCAAAAAUAACAGUUCGCAAAAGAGGAAGGCCAAGAAAACAUCCAUUAGUUUGUAAUAAUGAGAAUAGUGAAGAAAAUACAUUAAGUUCUACAGAUUCAGAUGAAAAACGAUUAAGAGUUGAUUUAUCAAAAGAAAUGAAUGGUAAAUUAUGUGAAAAUGAAAAUUCAACCAAUGAAGACAAUGCUUUAAUUAGUGAUCAUCAAAUCAGGUCUGAAUCUUCAGUAAAUGGAAAUGACACAGAAAAAAUUUCACCAAGACAACAAAUAAUUGAAACAUUAGAUCUAGAAACAAAUGAAUCAAAUGAUGAAACAAGUUACAGAAUGGAAAAUGUCAAUAAUUUGAAUAAUGUUACUAGAAAGCAAAACCAAGUAGAAGGAAAAAUUAAUAAAGUGCAUUUAAAUAAAGAUCGUUUAAAACAAAAGGAUACUCUCAUGUGUGGAGUUUGCAAAGAAGAAUUUGAUUCUUUACCAAGAAUAAGAUAUCAUAUAAUGGCAGCUCACAAUGGAUUAGCUCGAAUAAAUGAUGAAAAUAGCUAUUUUACUCCACAAGAAGAAAUUGUACUAUAUAAGAAAAAUCUUCGAUUAAUAAAGAGAUUGUCCUGCACUCAGCCUCAUUGUGGAAAGAAGUUUUCAAGUAUUUUAGGAUACAAAUACCAUAAAAAUAUAUGUGGAGUAGAGGUCCAAAGAACUGAAUGUAAGAUAUGUGGAAAAUUUAUCAAAGUAAUAUCUUUGGCUUUACAUAUACGUACUGCUCAUCGUGAGCGACAAGAAGUUCAGCCAACUACAAAUCAAGAUUUGCCUCGUAGGGGAGCUGCUAUAAAAGCUAUAGAAAAACUUGAAAGUUUUAUGAGAAUUGAGAAAGAAUCACCUGAAGAUGAAGAAAGCAAUAAAGAUGAAAGUGAUGAUUCGGAAUAUCUACAGUCAGAAGAAGAACAAGAGAAAAAAGAAGAAUUUACUGAUUCUGAUGAUUAUUAUGAUGAAGAUGGAGAAUCUCGUUAUUUCUUUAUGGAACUUUUAGAUCCUUGGAAAGGAUUAUUUUAUACACCAUCUGAUCAAAUAAAAGAAAUAAGUGAAACUAUGAUAACAUCAUGGGAGAAAUCAUUAGUUGAAAAUGGAAAAAUAAGCUGUGACAAAAUGAAUUGCAAAAAAGAGUUUUCAGAAUUACAUCAAAUGAAGUGUCAUUAUCGCCAUUGUGGUUCAGAAACAAAGAAAUGGAUGUGUCGAAUCUGUGGAAAAUCAUAUUCAAUGGGGCCAUUAUUUUUGUAUAAUCAUAUGAAGAAAUGCCAUUUUAAUGAAGAUAUAAAUGAUUACAAUGAUAAAGAUGGAAAAUCAUUAUAUAGUGAUUUUCAUCAGCCACCUUCUUCAACAUAUAAUUAUGCAGCCAGAGGUUCUCUUCUAAAACCCUAUGCUAUUGCAAUGGAAUGGGCUUUAAAAUUUUUUCAGAAACAUAAUAAAACUGAAGUUUUUUCACAGUGGAAACCACUUUCUUCAGAUUGGAUUCAGAUGUUAGAGAGAGAAUAUAAAGAUUAUUUGCCUUCUCUGAGUGAGUCAUCUAACUUAAGGAUAGCUUCAGAUGAUGAACAUGAUAGUUCUUGGAUAAAAAUCAACUUGUUUGAAAAUAUUCAGUCAGAAUCAAAAGCUUCAUCCAGUAUAUUUUUUGCUGGGGGAUCUGUUUGGUCUAUUUCUUGGUGUCCGAAUCCACUUGGAGUUACUACAGAUCAGUUUUUAGCUUUAGCUGCAUGUGAUCCCGAAGCUCAUUACUUAACAGAUACUAAAAAGUGUAAAGGAAUGAUACAACUUUGGGAUGUUGGAAAUCUAGAAAAUAAUUUUUUAAUGAAAAGGCCAAAGUUAGCAUUAGCCAUUGCUCACGAGAAUGGGGAAAUAUGGGAUUUGACAUGGUGUCCUAGUGGAUGUUGGGAAGAAGUAUCUGAUUUACAAAAUGAUGGUCUGAAAAAAUCUGGCAAUAAACUGCCACGUUUAGGUCUUUUAGCCGCAGCUUGUAGUGAUGGUACUGUAAAGAUAUACAGCAUUCCUCAGCCGUAUUGUCUUACAAAGAAUGAAGAGAGUUUGCCAAUUUUUAAACCAAAGGCAGAUGUUAUACUAGUUCCACCUGAAAAUGGACCUAAUAUUUCUUGUCAUCAAACAAUUUGUACUAAAAUCUCCUGGCAAAGGACCAAUAGUCAUUCUCAUAUAGCAGCUGGAUAUGGAAGUGGUUUAGUAUGUAUCUGGAAUUUGAUGUCAUCAUCUCCACUUUUGAUUCUUUCUACCAAUUAUGGGCAGUUAACACUUUGUCCAUUUAUGUCUUUUCCUGCACACAGUGCCUGCAUAACUGCCUUGUUGUGGUUGCCUAUACCGGGAAAUCGGUAUAUAGCAACAGCUGGUUAUGAUAAAACUGCGAAAGUUUGGGAUUUGCAAGAUCAAUAUUGGCCUUCAAUACUUAAUGACAAAAGAGGAUUGGUUCGAGACCUUGCUUGGUUGCCUCAUUGGUGUGGGAUGUUUGAAUCAAUGGAUGAGUGCUAUAAUCUCUUCCAUACUUCUACCAUAUAUAAAGAAUGUGGAUAUUAUAGUUUCUUGCACAAAGUACUUUCUGUACAUUUCAGUACUAUAUGGAGUUUAUCAGUUUCUGACUGGUUAAACGUUGAGGCAAGUGGUAGUGCAAGUGGGGAUAUGGUAAUUGUGGUUUUAUGCCAACUUAUGAAGUAUGUUGAUCAUAUAAAACAAAUGGGCCACAGGAGAGUGCCAUUGUAUAGAAUAAGUAUGGAAGCAUUAAAUGAAGUAAAUGAAAAUGAUGAUGUUCUUAGUGUGGAAUCUGACAAGUCAUCAGAAAGUACUGAAAAUCUACCAAAAAUUAAAAAGAAAACAUUACCAACGUAUAAAGAUGCAGUUAAGACAUAUGGUCUUGUAUUUCAAGAUAAUAAUUUUGCUGAUUUUGGAGAAAUUUCUACUUCAGAAUUUCAGAGAGUUUUAAAAUCAGAAAAUAUGUCACCUUCUCAACCAAAUCUUUAUCCUUUGGCAUCAAUCAAUAAGGUUGCGUGGAAUCCAAACUUUGGAUCGCAUCUGUGGCUCGUUUCUGCCAGUCAAGCAGGAUUAAUCAAACUCAGUUGCAUAUCUGGAUUGAAUAGCAAGGAAUUAAAAGGAAUGUUUGUGAAAUGUAAAGAAGCAUGUAGAACUCAGACGAAAGAUUUAUGAUUGUUUGUUUGUCCAAGUGAAAUUUUUGUAUAUGAAAAUCAUACCGUUACGUCUACAAAACAAUACAAAUAACGUAUUUAUAUGAACUGUGUGCAACACAUAUAAAAUAUUAAAAAAAAAAUCACUUUUCCAGUUUAUGUACAGAUCAUAUCACAUCAGAAAUAAAUAGCAUAUAUUUGAAUAUUA